GGCCUGCGGGGCCUGCGGGGCUGAGGCGACAGGGCCGACUCGCCUCAGCGCCGUCCUCGUCGUCGUCCUCCGCCGCCAUCGCCGCCAUGCACGACGCCUUCGAGCCGGUGCCCAUCCUGGAGAAGCUGCCGCUGCAGAUCGACUGCCUGGCGGCCUGGGAGGAAUGGCUUCUGGUUGGCACCAAGCAAGGGCACCUCCUCCUCUACAGGAUCCGGAAGGAUGUUGGUUGCAACAGGUUUGAAGUGACACUAGAGAAAUCCAACAAGAACUUCUCCAAGAAGAUUCAGCAGAUCCAUGUGGUUUCCCAGUUUAAGAUCCUGGUCAGUCUCCUGGAAAAUAACAUCUACGUCCACGACCUCCUGACCUUUCAACAAAUCACUACCGUGUCGAAAGCCAAAGGGGCGUCCCUGUUCACCUGUGACCUCCAGCACCGGGCCUCGGGCGAGGAAGAGCUGCGCCUGUGUGUGGCCGUGAGGAAGAAACUGCAGCUGUAUUUCUGGAAGGAUCGGGAAUUCCACGAGCUGCAGGGAGACCUGAGCGUCCCAGACGUGCCCAAGUCCAUGGCCUGGUGUGAGAACUCCAUCUGCGUGGGCUUCAAGAGGGACUAUUAUCUGAUCCGGGUGGACGGGAAGGGGUCUAUCAAAGAGCUCUUUCCAACAGGGAAACAGCUGGAGCCCCUGGUCGCGCCCCUGGCCGACGGCAAAGUGGCCGUCGGCCAAGACGACCUCACCGUGGUGCUCAACGAGGAGGGCACCUGCACGCAGAAAUGCGCCCUGAACUGGACGGACAUCCCCAUCGCCAUGGAGCACCAACCUCCGUACAUCGUGGCCGUGCUGCCCCGCUACGUGGAGAUCCGCACGUUCGAGCCCCGGCUGCUCGUGCAGAGCAUCGAGCUGCAGCGGCCCCGCUUCGUCACCUCCGGAGGCUCAAACAUCGUGUACGUGGCCAGCAAUCACUUCGUGUGGCGGCUUCUCCCCGUCUCCAUCGCCACCCAGAUCCAGCAGCUGCUGCAGGACAAGCAGUUCGAACUGGCCCUGCAGCUGGCGGAAAUGAAGGAUGACUCGGACAGCGAGAAGCUGCAGCAGAUCCACCACAUCAAGAACCUCUUCGCCUUCAACCUGUUCUGCCAGAAGCGCUUCGAUGAGUCCAUGCAGGUGUUCGCCAAGCUCGGCACAGAUCCCACCCACGUCAUGGGGCUGUAUCCCGAUCUCCUCCCCACCGACUACCGCAAGCAGCUGCAGUAUCCCAAUCCGCUGCCGGCGCUCUCCGGGGCGGAGCUGGAGAAGGCUCACCUGGCCCUGAUCGACUAUCUGACCCAGAAGAGGACUCACCUGGUGAAGAAGCUGAACGAUUCGGAUCAGCAGUCCAGCACCUCCCCGCUCAUGGAGGGCACGCCCACCAUCAAGUCCAAGAAGAAGCUGCUGCAGAUCAUCGACACCACCCUCCUCAAGUGCUACCUGCACACGAACGUCGCCCUGGUGGCCCCCUUGCUGCGCCUGGAGAACAAUCACUGCCACAUCGAGGAGAGCGAGCACGUCCUGAAGAAGGCCCACAAGUACAGCGAGCUGAUCAUCCUGUACGAGAAGAAGGGGCUGCACGAGAAAGCUCUUCAGGUGCUGGUGGACCAGUCUAAGAAGGCCAACUCCCCGCUGAAGGGCCACGAGAGAACCGUGCAGUACCUGCAGCAUCUAGGCACCGACAACCUCCACCUGGUGUUCUCCUACUCUGUGUGGGUGCUCCGAGAUUUCCCGGAAGACGGGCUGAAGAUAUUCACCGAAGACCUCCCGGAGGUAGAGGCCCUGCCUCGCGACUCGGUGCUCGGCUUCCUGGAGGAAAACUUCAAGGGCCUGGCCAUCCCGUACCUGGAGCACAUCAUCCACGUCUGGGAAGAGACGGGAGCCGACUUCCACAACCGCCUGGUCCAGCUGUACUGUGAGAAGGUGCAGGGGCUGAUGAAGGAAUACCUCCGCUCCCUCUCCGCAGACACGGCUCCGGUCCCCGCGGGGGACGAAGGAGGGGAGCUGGGAGAGUCCCGCCAAAAACUCCUCGCUUUCCUGGAGAUCUCCAGCUGCUACGAUCCCGGCCGGCUCAUCUGCGACUUCCCGUUUGACGGCCUCCUGGAGGAGCGGGCUCUCCUCCUGGGGCGCAUGGGGAAGCACGAACCCGCCCUCUUCAUCUACGUCCACAUCCUGGGCGACACAAAGAUGGCCGAAAGGUACUGCCAGAAACACUAUGACCAGAACCAAGAUGGCAGCAGAGACGUGUACCUGUCCUUGCUCCGGAUGUACCUGUCACCGCCCAGCGUCCACUGCCUGGGGCCCAUCAAGCUGGACCUGCUGGAGCCUCAGGCCAACCCUCAGGCCGCCCUGCAAGUCCUGGAGUUGUACCACGGCCAACUGGACACCACCAAGGCCAUCGACCUCCUCCCGGCCAACACGCAGAUUGGCGAGAUCCGCGUCUUCCUGGAGAAGGUCCUGGAGGAAAACGCCCAGAAGAAGCGGUUCAAUCAAGUGCUGAAGAACCUCCUCCACGCGGAGUUCCUGAGGGUGCAGGAGGAGCGGAUCUUACAUCAGCAGGUGAAGUGCAUCAUCACGGAGGAGAAAGUGUGCAUGGUGUGCAAGAAGAAGAUUGGGAACAGCGCUUUCGCCAGGUACCCCAACGGCGUCGUGGUGCACUACUUCUGCUCCAAAGAGGUCAACGCGGCCGACACCUGAGCGCGAGGAGCCGAGGGUUCGGUCGGUGGUCAGCAAAGCCCGCGGCUCACGGAGGACCGGGAGGGCCGUGGGCGUCUCCGCAGGAAGGGUCUCCUCUGGACUCCCCCGUCCCCCACCCCCUUUUCUCCUUGAGCCAGCCCCCCGACCUCUCCGGACUAACCGGACCCUCCACCCGGCCGGGCCGAGGGACAGCGGAAGCAAAGCCGGCCGUGGCGGGCCGGACCUUCCGACCCUCCCGGUCGGGAAGUGUGUUAGGAGCGCUGGCUGCGGGGGAAAAGGGGGUGUCCUUUUAGGCUACGGGGGGCAAGGGGGUGUCCUCUUAGGCCACUGCGUGUCUUCUCCCCGCCUCAGCGGGGUGCUUGGCCGAAGCUCAGGCCCAGCACUGGACAGAGAGACCGUUUGGACAAGGUGCAGAAUUUCCCCGGCAGCAGAAACGGCCCCAUCCUUCCCCUCUCUCUCCCUUCUCCAAGCUGCCUGCGUCGCUCCUCCUCAGGCCCUCCAAGGACAUCAGGAAGUAUUGGUUUUGGCACAAGAUUUUGCUCGUCCUGUCAGGGAAUUCCCCCAGAACCGGCAUCCCUAGUGAGAACUUCCGGGGCACCUGUGGGCGCGGGAGGGAGAGCUGUGGAUUUUGUUGGGUGUGGAUCAGAACGUCAACAGACUCAAUCCACCCGCCCUUGGCAUUGUACAAUCACCGCCCCCGAGGCUGGGCACGUCACUGGCAUCGUCCAUCCAUCCCCCGGACCAGCAAGGAGUCAGCGAGCUCAGGAGGACCAGCCCGGGCUGUGACCUGUGGCUUCCCUCGUGGCCCCCUGGGCGCUUUCGGUCAGUCACGUCCAAGCCGGGGUCGGAGCUGGAGUUAGCGGCCGUUCCCUGCCUGACCGCGGGCAGGCUGGGGCUGGAGGGGCCGGGAAGCUGGUAUCUGGUGGGCAGGGGUGGCACCUCGACUAGAGGUGUGGUCUAAACGUAGGGACUUAUGCUUUUGAGCCAGGGAGGGCAGAUGGGGGAUAGUCACCCGAGCUCCAGUGUCCGUGCUGAGGAGGGGCAGAGGGCCCUGAGCUUCCUCAUGUGGGUUCUGCCUGCCUGGGUGGGGGGCAUCUACAUAACCACAAUUGGCUGGGGUCAGGAGUCUGCGUGGGAAACACAGAGGAACUGUGCUGGGUCUCCCAGGGUGGGCAGCUCGGCCCAGUUGCAUUGACCACCCCCAUCUCCCUCCCCGUCCUCGGCUUCAGGGCGGUUCGUCCUGGUACGGGACUCGUGACCCGCCCGUUGCGCCCACCCUGCCACCGUCCAUCACCUGGAUUCUGCCAGCGGGGACGUGGGCUCGUUUGAAAGCAAUAGAAUAAAAGUCACACGCACCAAGGCCUGUGCUUCCUCUUAGGGACUCUGCAUCCCCUUCCGCUCCCUGAAACUCCAUCCUUCCCUGGCACAGUGCCGGCACACGCCCUGCCCGGCCUCCUGGAUGGGCACCUCACUUUGGCAUCGCUCCACACCGGGCUUCAAGACCCCUGCACCUUUGGGAAGGAAAAACUGGGACAGGUUGGUCUGUCAGAAUCACCGUGCUCUAGCAACUAAGCCACUAUACAGCACAGUUCGAUGUGUCUCAAAGUUGUACCUCCCAAGCGCUUAGUACAGUGCUCUGCACACAGUAAGCGCUCAAUAAAUACGAUUGAAUGAAUGAAUCAGCGACCCCAAGGUCAAACUUGAUUCUGCUCCCUCCUGGGUGGGGAGGCGCCUCUCCCAACCCCCAAACCGGUCUCUUCCAUCCCCCUGUUUUUAGUUCCGCUCCCUUCCCGUUCCCACCGUUAACCUUGUGGGCCGCAUCGGCAGAGAUAAGAUUGGGCCGUGAUCCAAUCCGGAAAAGUGACUUUUGGGGUGGAGUGUUAUAGUCCGGUAAAUAGUGCACGUUAAACUGGGGCCUGCUGGGAGAGUGCCAGCGGUAGUUACUGCCGCUUGCCCUCCCACCCAAAUUCUAAAGAACAAAGUAGCAUUUUCCCGACCUUUCAUCCCUCCCUUAUCCCUUAUCCUGCU